AUGGCACCCAUUCUAACACAAUGGACGCGGCUUAUUCGCUUUGUUGCUGCAGAGACCGCACAAAUCCAUAUUGGACAACCGGUUGACCCCAGACUUGAUGUUGGCCUUGCCGCAUGGAACAAACAGACCAUCAGAGUUUAUGAGAUCUCUGGGUCUACCCUUGACCCCGCCUCUCGCGUUACGAGUAAUAUCUUAACAGUCGAGAAGCUUCUCUCUCCUCUCUCUCGCGAAGAGAUGAAGGUCGUUCGGUGCUUGGGUCUCAACUACUCGGACCACGCAGCAGAGACAAAAAUGGCUAAGCCUGCCGCCCCCAACUUGUUUUACAAGCCCCUGACGUCGAUGAUCGGUCCCAAUGCACCAAUUUUUAUUCCCAAGGUUGCUCAGCCUGUCGAAGAGCACCUCUCCGACUACGAAGUAGAACUCACCAUCGUCAUCGGAAAGGCGGCCAAGAAUGUCUCCGAGGCGGACGCUCUCGACUACGUCCUCGGGUACACUGGUGCCAAUGAUGUGUCAUUCCGCAAGCACCAACGAACAACUUCCCAGUGUGGAUUCUCCAAGGGGUUCGAUAACACAACUCCCCUCGGUCCUGUUCUUGUAUCGCACAACGCCAUUUCCAACCCCCAGGAAAUCCCGCUAACUUGCACGCUUAACGGACAAGUCCUCCAGGACAGUAACACCAACGACCAAAUCUUCAAUGUUCGUCAAACGGUCUCUUUCCUCUCGCAGGGAACCACCCUGGAGCCUGGGUCGGUUAUCUUGACUGGAACACCCAAGGGUGUUGGUUUCGCGAGGAAGCCCGCCAUUGUACUCAAGAACGGCGAUGACUGCAGGGUAUGGUUGGGUCACGGUAUUGGCACACUCAUCAACCCUGUCAUUGAGGAGGGCCAUCACCAGGCGAAGUUGUGA